CGGCGCCCGGGCAGCGUUUCCCCGCGCACCGGAGGGUAAGGUCUGGCCUGCGGGGCUUGAGCGGCCGGGACGCCGCGCGGCUGGCGGAGGGCGCGCGAGCAGGGGUCGCCGGCAGCCGGAGGAUGCUUAGUGGAGCACGCGGCAGGCUCGCCUCAGCGCUGCGGGCGUCGGGGGUCGGCCGUAGGUGCCUGCACGCGACUGGGUCGCGGCCCUCGGCAGAUCGGAGCGAGCGGGCGGGGCAGCCGCCCAGCGCCUUCGACCCGGCGCUGCUGGAGUUCCUGGUGUGCCCCCUGUCCAAGAAGCCGCUCAGAUAUGAAGCGUCAACAAAUGAAUUAAUUAAUGAAGAGCUGGGAAUAGCCUAUCCAAUCAUUGAUGGAAUUCCUAAUAUGAUACCACAGGCAGCAAGGAUGACCCAUCAAGAUAAGAAGCAAGAAGAAACGGAGCAGCACUAGACCAUA